AUGGAGGAUGGAGAUGGAGGUGACUUAACACCAUUCUGGGUUCAAAGCACCACCAAUGCCCGCCGUGGAGACCGCCUCCGCCGCCGCGCCGCCGCCGUGCUUCUCAGCUCCGGGCUGGUGGUCUUCCUUCUGCUGGUAACAGCUGUGUUUUUCUUGGUUUUCAUUGUGCCCUCAACCAUUUCUCUCAGCUCUCAGAUCUUUAGGCCCAACAGUGUGAAAAAGAGUUGGGAUUCUCUGAACAUUUUUCUUGUUUUGGUGGCUGUAGUGUUUGGAUUUCUAAGCAGAAACAAAAACGAGGAGAGAUUUAAUAAUUAUGUCGAGUUUCAAGAUUCUCCCAGUAAGCAGGAUGGAAUCAAAUCCAGUUACGAAACAUUUGAGAGGCGAAAGUCUAAUAUUUCAAAUUCGAACAAUUGGUACGAAUAUUCUGAUUAUGAAGCCAAAUUGGAGCAUAAAAAUUCAAUCUUGACGAGGAACAGCAGCUCGUACCCCGACCUGCGUGAUUUUCCGGCGACCGAUUGGUCCUAUGGAGAUUAUUACCGGACGAGGUAUUUUGAUGACAUUCACGUUGAUACGGGCCGGGUUUGGAUUUCCGACCCGGAUCCGGAUCCGGGUCGGAGUAGUUUCCACCGCCGCCACCGGAGCUUAGAAGCCGUUGAGCAUCUGAGAGCUCCGCCGCAGAGUAAGACCUUCGUCGUUGAUACAUUGCUGACAAAAUCCAAAAGAGGCGAAAUUAAUCAGCCGCCGCCGUCGGUGGCGGCGGCAGUGGCUGCGCCUUGUCCUGAAGAAAAUCUGAAAAUGAGGGAUGUAUCGGGCGCGAGGCUGAAGGAGGAAGUUUCAGAGCCGUCGGAUCCAAUCAAAGCACAGAGGUCGCCGGCGGCGACGGCGGCGGAGGAGUCGGCUGUGCCGGAGGAAAGCGUAGAGCGGUCGUAUCAAAAAGGGGCGUGGAGAAAGGAGAAAUCGGGUCGGAAAAGAAAGAAAGAUGCCGAAGUAACUCCGCCGCCAGCUCCUCCUCCUCCUCCGUCGCAAAAGAGCAGUAACAGCGACCGGAAGAGAAACCCUACUAAAGAUUUCUUGAAUUCCCUUUACCAGAAAAGGAAGAAAAAGCCGAGGCAAAAGAGCGCCGACCACUUAGACCCUCUUCUUCACGAGGCUCAAACUCCAUCGAUCUUCCAGAUCCCGCCGCCAACACCACCGCCUCCGCCGCCGCCGCCUCUCCCUCCACCGUCGGUCGUCCAGAACCUGUUCUCAUCCAAGAUACAUAAGAGUAAGAGAAUCAUAACAGUGACACUCACGCCACAACUCGAACCCACUUCCGAGCCCGCACCGGCACCACCGGAAACCGACGAGUCGCCACCAAAUCCCGCCGAAUCGCCACUGAACUUCAUCCCGCCGCCGCCUCCACCUCCGCCGGCAGGAUUCUUCAAAACCCCCGCCUGGAAAUUCGUGGUGCAGGGAGAUUACGUCAGAAUCGACAGCAUAGAAAGCUCCAGAAGCGGGUCGCCGGACACAGACGACGGGGACUCGCCGAAUUUCUGCCGGAGCCCGGAUGUGAAUACGAAAGCCGAGAGCUUCAUCACGAAUUUCCGGGCAAAGCUGAAGAUGGAGAAAAUCCAUUCCAUGAAAAAAAGAGAGGUAGGUUUGUCUGGGCUUGGUCCAGGUGCUGGUGAAAGAAAAUGA